CGCAGCGUAACGUAGUUACAUUAGAAUUAUUUGUUGCGGGAGACAAGAACCCACUGCGACACGGCGCAUCGAUCAGUCGGUUGAUUAGACAUUAUGAAGGCGAUAAGCCCAGUGACGUCUUUGAGGAAGUCUACCACCACUACUCGUUUAUCGGAUCAGAGCGCCGCAAUCUCUCGGAACAAGACCACCGUGGAUGAUGCCCUCAGCUUGCUCUACAACAUGAACGACUGCUACACCAAGCUGAAGGAGCUUGUUCCCAGCCUGCCUCAGAAUAGGAGCGUCAGUAAGAUGGAGAUCCUUCAGCAUGUCAUUGACUACAUCUUGGAUCUUCAGAUCGCGUUGGACUCCAGCUCAGCGCUGGUGAGCCGACAGCAGAAGCCGCAGCAGCACCACCAGAGACAGGAGAUGCCGACCAUCAGUAGCCCGCUAACCACAAUGAACACUGAAGUCAGCAUCAUCUCAAUACAGUCCAAGGAACUUUCCACAGAAGUUACCACCGAUGAGAGUCGAGCGCUCUUUCGCUGACGGGUGCGAGGUUUAGACGAAGAAAACAGGACCUAUUUCUGUUUUUCUCUGACCGCUUCCUUCGUCGCCUGGCAUUCGUCUGAGCUGACAAGGAUUUCCUCAAGACCGGCGAUAAAGACAUUCUAUGUGGUGUAUGGUAUUUAUCUACGGACCUGAUAUUCUUUCUUCCAAAGGAAGAUCUCGUUUUACACUCAACAGAAGCAAAUGACUCGACACGGAGAACAGAAAAAAAACACGAGCGUGUAAAAGAAGCUCUCGCCUUUUUUGUUAAGACAGAGCUGGAAGAGUCCACGAAUUUGCUAAAUUAUCUCCAUAUCUCUCUAUAACCAUGAUGAGCAGAGACAUAAACCAUAAACAGACCCUGAACAUGUUCGCAGAUUGUUGUCAUUGGCAUAAAAAACAUGGUGUUUAUUACGUUGCAAAUUUUUAGAAUGGAUAUUGUAAAUGGCACUUUUAUACUAAAUAAAUUAAAUAUUAGAGCUUA